AUGGAGCUACUUCCCCUGAAUCUGAGUCCAGGAACAGCUUUCAAUCUGCAAGUGGACCCUUUGUGGCUACAACGUCGGGCCGUGGAGGAACAGGUGGAGCUGUGGUGGUUCAGAGAGCCACAUGUGUCUUUCCUGUGCUACUGCUUUUCGGUGGCUAUGGUUCUGGGCCUGGGCACGGCUGGCGUGGGUCUGCUUUCUACAGCCUCCUCCGCUGUGGGAUCCUCGGCAGUGUGGCGUUUGGGUGUAGGUUCAACGCUCUGCCUCCUGGCUCUGGUGGUCCUCAUGAAGCAGCUGCUCAGUUCUGCUGUACAGGACAUGGGAUGCGUACGCAACCGGAGACGCAUAGACCAGCUGCGGACCGGAGGAACUGUGGAUCCCUUGCUGUUGCUUUUCACUGGCUCGGCACUGCUGAUUUGUGGGACCACGCUGCUCGGUCUCAACCGGUCAGAUAUGUUUCUUUCUGGGAUGACCCUCUUGGCCAGUGGGGCUGCGGUGGUGCUAGGUGUGAUGGUGUAUGGAGUGGUGGUUUAUGUGGAGGGAAGGAGAAACAUAAGAAGACAAAGAAGAAGACGUAGGGUAAGAGUAUACACAGUGAUGGGGUCAAGAAACCGACCAUGGAGAGAUUCGACCUCUAGUCAUUCGAAUUUGUUAUGAGAGGAGAAAAACUGAACACAAUCACAGUAUUGAAUUGUCAAAAUUGCAUUUUAUCAUACUGUUAUUGUUUACACAGUAUUUAUACAGUAGGAUUGUGGGGCUAGUUGUCACACUGGAAAAGUUGCCCAGAAGGUUUGUGUCUAAUAAUCAUGCCGUGUUUUUUUCUAGCAGUGGUUUGGAAGUUGUUUCAAACUGUUCCUCUUAGGAUAAAUUCUGAUCUAAAAUCAAAAAAUCUUGGUGCUCUACUUAUUUUGUUAAGGUAGCUGUGUUUUCCAUACUGUGAAUGUUUUACCAUUGGGCAUUGUUAACCAACAACACUCAUAUAAAGGUAUAUUAAUGAGUAGAUUAGCAUAUAUUAAGUUUAUAUGAUAUUUUUCCAUCUCAUAAUUCCUUACAAUUUGCUGCUGUGCAAACAAUAAUGCCACACAUUAUUGUCAUAAUAUUCAGGAAAUAUUAAAAGAAAGACCAAUAAAAAAUUAAUUUUACUUGUAUAUGUUU